AUUUUCCUCCCGUCAAAGUAUCUACGUCACACAAAUAACAAUCCCCAAUAAUUCCUCAAUAAUUUUUUUCCUUAUGUUCUCAAUUUUGCGUUAGCUAGGCAAUUCGUUGAAAUUCAGACUGGCGUCAUUAUAAAUAUCCUUUCGAUUUAUCAUGCAGCACCAAUAUUGGGUAACUAAAAAAAGUGUUCAAAGGAAAUUGGGAAGAAAAGAAGAUGAAUGUGUUAUUUCCUCAGAUGCGGAAUUGGACGCAAAAUUGGAACUGUUUAAAUCCAUAAAUGAUAGUUGUAUACAAUUGCAACGAUUCAUAGAAUUAUACAAAGAACGGUUGUGUUAUUUAGCUCAAGAGGAACAUACUCUUGGAAGAUAUUUAAAAGAAUGCGGAAAGAAUGAGAAAAACGAUAGUGCAAGUAAAAUUAUGGUAACUGCAGGAAAAUCUUUAUCUUAUAUCGGACAUCAAAGACUGACUGUAAGACCUCCUCUCUUAAGGCUGCAUCAUGAAGUAGAAACAUUUACUGGAAGAGCUGUUGUAGACACUAAAGUUACAGUAGACGAGAUGGAAAAAACUCGUACUGAAUACAGAGCUGCCUUGAGUUGGAUGAAAUCUGUAUCUCAACAACUUGAUCCUGACACUGGUCAUGGUGUUAACAAAUUCCGUAAAGCUCAGUCAUAUGUUAGGUCGACAAAAAAUAAAUUUGAUAAGUAUACUCUAGCAUGUCUUCAGAAAGUGGAUUUAUUGGCUGCUGCUAGGUGCAAUAUGUUUUCUCAUGCGUUAAUUCCAUACAUAAAUGCCUUAUCAGUCUUCUCUACUAAGGCUACAGAAGUCUUAAAUACCGCUGGUGUGAACUUAGACAAGGUUGAGCCUUAUGAUUUUCAUGUAACCACUGAAUUGGCCAUUCCAAAUGAAGAUAAAGAUAAGGAAACAUUUUUCAAUGCAGAAUAUACAGAUAAAAGUGAAGCUCUAGCUAAAGAGGAUGAAGAACGUGAUAAACCAAGUACGAUUCAAGAUGCAGGAAAUGAUCUUACAAACCUUCUUGGUGAUGACUUUUCAUUACAAGAAAAUCCUACGAACGGACCUGUGGAAAUAAAUGCGAAUAAAGCUGAUACUGAUCCAUCACUUCUCGACCUGACUGAAGAUGAGAAUACUUCAGAUCUACUCUCAAAGGACUUCUUCAUGCCCUCAAAUCUAAUGAUGGAAGGCUUCAAUUUCACUAACGAUGAUCUCAAAAAUUUGGAGAAAUCAACAUUAAAUGGCGAAUUCAAGCAGAGGGACGCCUGUGCUAAAAAAGACGCUCAGAUGUCCUGGCUAAGUUUGUUUGAAGAGUUGGAUCCCUUAUCAGAUAAAAAUUUGGGAAAUAAGAAUGGAGAUCAACUUUAAUAUAUUUCUGAGGAAAUGCGGAAUCUCUGAAUAUUAUAUUUAUUUUGAUAUUGAAUAGUAAAACUACUGAGGUUUCUAUAUAAUAUGUAUUAAUGCAUAUGGAUACAACAUAUUAGUCACUUAAUUUUGUCUUUAUAUCGGAAGGAUAUCAGAUAUAUGAUGGAAAUCUAAAAGUAAGAUGAUGGUUAUUUUUGAAAUACAAAAAUCAGACAGUACAUAGCUGUUUUUGUUUUCAAUAGUAAUAUUUUGAACUGAAUUGAUUUGUUUGUUGUAUCAGUAAAAAUUUAUUAUGUAAACCAUUAAAAUCUUUUUAUCUGAAACUUCCUUUGGUCAUAAACCUUGUAUUGUAUUGAUUCUUUCGAUAAUAUUAUAUCUGUGCAUUAAUAAGCACAUAUUAUUGAUUUCCAAGAUUCCAAGCUUAUUUGCACAAAUAAUUAAUUAGGAUUAUCAAUAUCAUCUGCAUUCGAAAAAAAAACAGGGAUAUUCAAAAUUCCAUUUCAUUUUUAUUGGUUCUUUAUUACCUUCGGGUAUUUCAUCUGACACAGUUUUUGAAAAUCCAAAGAAAUAUAUGUAUAUAUACAUACACUGCGAUUAGAUUUUUUUUAGUCGUAAUGUCUCAAGUGAGAAUAACAUUUGCACAUCAGAAGAUUUCUCUUAUUAACAAUUGAAUAAAUUCAAUCACAAUUUAGUAAGCCAUGAAAAUCAAGUGUUUAGCAAAAAAUUUUUGAUGUGAAAUUGUAAUGUUAUGUACUGUAUCAGAGAUGUAACAGGUUUUUUGUUUUAAUUAUUUGCAUAUUUUAUAUCUAGUUAUAUAUUGUUUUAUUUUAUGAAAGUGACAUGGUACUUGUUCAAUUUUUUGAACAUGUUACUUACGUUAAAAAGCAAUUCAGUUAGAAUUAUUUCAAAAAAGUACCUAUAUUCGACAAUUCAUAAAGUUGAAUGAACAUAUAUAGGAAACAAUCACUUUAAUGUGAACCCGACUUCAACACAGUAGGAUAGCAUUUUUCAUCAUGGGUUUUUAUCUGUCAUUCCAAAGUUAUUCUUCAAAAAGUUGUUUUAUCUUAUCUUUUCUUAUGUAUGUAAAAUGAAAGAAUGUUUUUUAGCAUUAAGGUAAAAGAAAAUGUUUUUCACAUGAAACUGUCAUGAUGUCAUCGUGAAAAUUUGUAAUAGGGCACUCUAACGAAAAUCGUUGGUUACUGUAGGGCAGGCAAAGUGUUUCUUAGAACCGGCUAGUGUAGUAGUUUUCCUGGCCUGCGGCAACAUACGAUUUUGGCAAUUCGAUAUCCUAUGAAUGCAUAUAUGCAGUGUCAUAAGUAACCUGAAUCUACAGUGUUCCACAUCAUAGAAUAUAAUAGGUGAGGAAUAUCUAUAAAAUGAAGUACUUAAUCAACCUAAUCUCGAACUAAGAUAUGAAAUUAUAUUUAUGAAUCAACAAAUAUUUUUAUUAUUGUAUCUAGUCCAUAAAUUUUGAGAUGAAUAUGAUUGUUUUAGAUUCUGUAAUUUGGAAUUUCGUUUUAUUGUCGUUUCAUUUCAAUAAAGCAUUCGUUUUCAAUUA